AUGGUUACCCAUAGGUCACAAAUUGUGCAUAAUGCAAUUGGAGCAAUCUUGUCUGCAACAGAUUCUGUUUGCACUUUGCAGGUGCUUAAUCAGGAUGAGACGCCUCUAUUAUACAGUCUAGUUUUCGGUGAAGGCGUCGUAAAUGAUGCCACAUCAGUGGUGCUUUUUAAUGCAGUUCAGAGCUUUGACCUAUCGCAUAUGAACCCAAGCAUUGCAUUGCAGUUAAUUGGGAAUUUUCUAUAUUUGUUUGUCACAAGCACUUUGCUGGGAGUUGCCUUAUUCUUUUUAAGCGGCAUCCUCACCGUAUUCUUUUGUGGGAUAGUGAUGUCCCACUAUACCUGGCAUAAUGUCACUGAAAGUUCGCGAGUCACGACCAAGCAUGCUUUUGCGACAUUGUCAUUUAUUGCUGAGAUAUUUAUUUUUCUCUAUGUUGGCAUGGAUGCUUUGGACAUUGAAAAGUGGAGUGUUGUUAGUGACAGCCCUGGAACAUCAGUUGCGGUUAGCUCAAUUCUGUUGGGACUGGUUUUGGUUGGAAGAGCAGCGUUUGUAUUCCCCUUGUCAUUUUUAUCGAACUUGACUAGGAAGUCUGCACACGAGAAAAUUGGCCUAAAUCAGCAAGUUACAAUAUGGUGGGCUGGUCUUAUGCGAGGUGCUGUUUCUAUGGCUCUUGCUUAUAAUCAGUUUACGAAGGAAGGCCAUACCCAAUUACGGGGGAAUUCGAUCAUGAUCACCAGUACCAUCACAGUAGUUCUCUUCAGCACAGUGGUGUUUGGGUUGAUGACUAAACCUCUGGUGAGGCUCUUGCUGCCCUCAUCAAAACAAUUAGUCAGAAUGAUUUCAUCGGAACCAGUUACUCCCAAGUCCUUCAUUGUGCCACUUCUCGGCCAUGGACAGGAUUCAGAAGCUGACCUAUGUAGCCCCAAUAUGCCUCGUCCAAGCAGCUUACGGAUGCUCCUAACAACUCCAUCUCGAUCAGUCCACUAUUAUUGGAGAAAAUUCGAUGAUGCCUUCAUGCGUCCAGUUUUUGGUGGACGGGGUUUCGUUCCCUUUGUUCCUGGCUCUCCGACUGAACGAAGCCUUCAUCAGGAGCAAGGAGAAUAA